UUAUUAUGAAAGGAAUCCCGUUCUGAUCAGGUUUAUGGGUCAAACUAAGUGUGAACCGCUUCCUUAUUGAUCAAACAUAUUCCCAGCAAUUAACACCAAUUUCAAAAUAUGUUUACUCCGCUAAUUUUUAGAUAAAACAAAAGACUUUAGGAGAGACGACAAAAUGUUCGUAUAAAUAAAUUUGUUCAGCCUUAUCGACUGGUUCAUGGCAAUUAAUCAAAACGCUCGACUUCAAAGUUGUCAAUUAAUUAAAGUCAUAAAUGUAGGGUAUCAGAUGAUCACACUUUCAUAGUCGUUUAGUUUGUGGAUCAACUGAAGACGAUGUUCGGCGGCGCUCCAGGUGACAAACUCCGACCUUGCCCAUCUCCAACUCCAAAUCUGAAUCCAAAUCUGAAACGAUUUCAACAGCUUUCCACCUGCCACUCAUCUCAGGCCCAGGGCGCCUUCAGCAGCACGCACCCAUAGACUUCCAAUUGAAAGUUGUAACAAUGAAACAGAGUUUGUUCGGGAGGGGAAUUUCCGAGCGCCUCGUGAAUGAGUUUUGGGACCGCAUUAAACAACGAUUUUUAUUUGUAAGCAAUUUAACAUUUAGGGGGAUAUUCGUACAAAGACGGUGAUGAUGAUCACUAAAUGCGAAACUGAAACCGAAUUAAAGCAUACAAUAUAAAUUGUUGGCAAAUGACUCAUGUAUUUUAAAGGCAAAGACACGAUAAUAGUUGGCGAGUAUUGCCACCAUUAUGGGUAUAUGAUAAUACAAGUUUUUUCCUUGUGCUUUUUUUUUGGCAAUUAUUGCUACCCCUGCCCUGCACUGCCAUUGCCAUCCCGAUGGCAUGGAUGCGGCCCGAAACUCGUUUUGGUGCCUGUGAACCCGUCAACCCAAGCACAAGGGUCCCCAUCCAUAUAAAAGACGCACUUGAGCUGAUCAAAUUAAACAGUUGCACUCCAAGCAGCAUCUCCAUAACAUCCAAGCAUCACCCCAACCGAAUUAACUUUAUAUUCAGAUCCAACAUGUACAAAUACCUGUUCUGCCUCGCUCUCAUCGGAUGCGCCUGCGCCGACAACAUCAACAAGGACGCCCAGAUCCGAAGCUUCCAAAACGACGCCUCUGAUGCGGAGGGCAACUAUCAGUUUGCCUACGAGACAAGCAACGGCAUCCAGUACCAGCAGGCCGGCAAUCCCAAUGGAGUGCGCGGUGCCGUUGCCUACGUUUCGCCCGAAGGUGAGAAAAUCUCACUGAGCUACACCGCCGACGAGGAGGGCUACCAUCCAGUGGGCGAUCACUUGCCCACACCGCCACCAGUGCCCGCCUAUGUGAUGCGCGCCCUGGAGUACAUUCGCACGCAUCCCCCGGUAGCCGCUCAGAAAGAUCAGUAAAUAUGCUGGGAGACACAUCAGCCAUCACAUUUAGUAGCACCGCUUGCACUACCACCACCACCGGACUCCAAGCCACUCAUUGUUAUUUAGAGACAUACGUACAUUCGUACGUUGUUUUAGUAGUUAUCGUUAAUAAAGCCCGUCAAUACAGGAAAGCAACAUCACC